GUCAAAAGCCGCUUGACGACGAGCGACCAAAAAGUCGCUCGGCUUCUUGCCCGUCUCCCGCACUCGUCUGCGGCUGAAAGAGUUGUCAGCGAGCGGUGGGUGUGUGUCCGGCGGCGACAGGAUGGGUGUAUCCGAUUUAAAGACCGAUACAAAUGCUGGACCCGUGGUGGAUCUUUCUGCCCGGGGUAUGCAGAAGCUGGAUCCCAGUUUCACCUGCUCUGAAGACACUCACACUCUCAUCCUGGACCGUAACCACAUCAUGAAACUGGAACAUCUGGAAAGGAGCCCAGGCCUUCAGCAGCUGUCAGUAGCUAGUAACCGUCUGGUGAGAAUGAUGGGUGUGUCUCAGCUGACGGAGUUAAGAGUCCUCAAUCUUCCCAAUAACAGUAUCGGCUAUAUCGAGGGGCUAAGAGAUCUGCCUCACCUCACGUGGCUCAACCUGUCUGGAAACAAUAUCAAGGUCAUUGAGCAACUCAGCAGCUGUGUUUCCCUUCAACACAUGGACCUGUCUGACAAUAACAUAUCAACCAUCGGUGAUCUGACUAAGUUGGUGGCAUUAAAGACACUUUUACUCCAUGGAAACAGCAUUACCACACUCCGUACCGUUCCCGCCCACUUACCCGCCAACUUAUCCAUCCUCUCCCUGGCAGAAAACGAGAUAAGAGAUCUCAAUGAAGUGUCAUUCCUGGCACUUCUCCAUGAACUGGAGCAGCUGUCUAUAAUGAGCAACCCUUGUGUCAUGGCAACCCCCUCACUGCCCGGAUUUGACUAUCGGCCUUAUAUCAUGAGUUGGUGCCUGAACCUAAAGGUCCUGGAUGGCUACAUGGUGUCACAGAAAGAAGGCCUUAAAGCAGAGUGGCUGUACAGUCAAGGAAAAGGACGCUCGUAUCGACCAGGUCAGCAUGUACAGCUUGUUCAGUACCUCACCACUGUUUGCCCUCUGACCUCGUCGCCAGCCUUGGAGACGGCAGAAGAUGCCAAGCUGGAAAAGAUCCUCAGUAAGCAGAGGUUUCACCAAAGGCAGCUGCUAGAGGAGACGACGGGGGGAAGCUGUCCCAGUCCUCCUCGUCCAACUCAACUCGAUGUGGAGAAGCACAGUCCUCCAGAUGCGACGCCGCAGGUGGAAGCCAGAGAGGUGAAGAAAAACACUGCAACUGGACCAUCUGAUGCUCCAACAGUCCUGGAGACGGAGCCAGUUGUGCAGUUCAACACGUGGGUGGGCUGCGAUUCUUCCCACCCACCAUUGCCGGCAGUCCGCAGUCCAAGGCUCAGAGAGGAGCACAUCUGUUUGGAGGAUGUUGAGACAGAUGAGGAUAAACUCGACAGCAGCAUGCUUUCCUCAGAGUCCACCUUUCUCCCGUUCACAUCUGAUCAGGAGCCGCAAACGACGCAGUCUGACAGUGAGGAUGAGACGGAGACAUUUGAACCCGAUUCCCUGGCCCCAAGGUGUCCAGCACAACCCCAAAAGCACGACACAAAAAAAAAACAUCCUUCGGCCCCAGUGGAUAAGCAAGAGAGGAAGAUUCUUGAAGAAGAAGUUACUUCUGGUGCAGCCAGUACAGUUCUCUCUCUGGGAGUCAGCGUUAGCGUCCCACAACAAGAUCCGGAAACACCCUCUGAUUUUGGUGAAGCAGAGACUAAAGAAGCCCCCAAGCAGGAAGAAGCAGGUUUAUCUGCUAACAAAUCAAGUUGUACGGAAGCAGACAGGGCAGCAGUUAAAAUACAGUCCUGGUGGAGGGGGCAGUACACUCGAAGCUGUCACCCCAUGGUCAGAGAGGUGCGCAGCGAAAUCCGCCUGCACAGGAUGCAAGAACAUAUCCUCUUCCUGUCUGAGAAGCUGAGCAGUGUGCAGAAGCAGUACGAGGAAGAGAGACUACAAAGGCUGGUUCAGGAGGAGGCGGUGAAGUUUCUGUGGAAGGAGCUCCAGUCUAUGCAGCAGUGGAAGACAUCUGUGGAGCAUCAGCUAGCAAACAUUACUCAGGCCGUCGCCCCGACUCCGAUCUCCUCUCCUGGACUAUGUAAAGCUUCCCCCCCAGCUGCCUCCAGCACAGCGAAGCCACCCAGCACAGACGUCUCUUUCCCAGACUCUGGCUUCCAGUCAACAGGCAACCAGCAGGCAGCGCUGGAGGACAGCUUCCUGAGCAGUGGCACAGACGAUUCUCUGAAGACGGUGCGAGCACUGAGCCCCGUUCGAUGUGGCUUUGCCGGGGGCAACGAUGGCAUGGACAGCGCCGACUGCAGCCUGCUGGAGCAGUACCUCUCCUCUGUGCAGCAGAGGGAGCAGGAAGCUGAGGAGGUGGCCAGUGAUAGAACAGAAACGCCACAGCCCUCCUCGCCCAUCACGCCUGCUAAAAUGGCACAGGCCAACUCCCCCCAUAAGGAGGCGGCAGAAGUACGAAGAACGGAGGGAACAACUCUCGGCCCUGUCUGAGAGUCGACACCUUCACAGAACUCCCGAUUGUGUGUAAAUAGGCUCUGAGUGUGUAGGGUCAAGCUGCUUCGCUCCCUCUUGAAAACACUGGAUAUGACUGAACACUGCACUUAUUAUCAGACCCAGCUCUCAAUCAAGUGUGCCCUUUAAGUCUGAAUCCAGGACAGGUUUGAAAACAAUACCUUACUGUGAAUGUAAUUCAAGUUCUUUUUAUAUCUCACCUCUUUUUGUCUUAUGUAACAGACAUUUUCUUCUGUGUGUAAAGACAAUGGUUGUGACGUAGCUUCAGAAGGUGCUCGUGACUUGAAAGCAUCUUUUUGAUUCACGUACAGUGAGUGGGUUUCUUCCCAUUCAAAUGAAAAGAGCAGGCAUAUAUUCUCCUUAUCGAUAUCUUGCAAUAAGCAUAAGGAAUCAGAUUAGGAGCUGAUGUGUUUAACGUAGUCCAACCACCGAUGUUUACUAUACACAAGCAACAACAUACAUAUUAUCUAUCGUGAUCCACAGUUGUAGUGGCUAAAUGUACGGGUUAGAAAAAUGUAAAUUAAUCUGAAAGUCAACAAUUAUUUUAAUAUUCAUGUAGUCUUACUGGUUUUAGUUUGUAUUAUUUGUUGAGUUGUUCAGUGAAUCCUUCAGUGUGUACAAAGCCAAAAUUAACCAAUUUAAAUUAAAACCAGAGCCGAUUGAUAUCUUCAUUAGGCAGACGAGCAGUAGACACAGAAAAUUUAUAAGGAUGAAUAGUUAUUGAAUAAGCGGUCACACAUCCAUUAUUUAUCAUAAUGAUUAUCGUGGUGCUUUUCAAUCUAUGACAAGUCUUCAUUGUCUCCUGUAAAGAAAGAUUCAUUUUCUUUCAACAGAGUGAUUUAUAAAUGGACAAAAUGUUUCAGUUCAGCAGGAAAGUCUGACUAAUUGCAUUAUCCAGGGACUGUUUUUCCUUCCACGAAUGACCUGAAUGGCCAAAUGAAUAUUCACAAACUGUUCCCAGGUCAUUGCAGCAUAACAACUGGAGAAAGGGACUGUCCUGGGUGAUGAUAAGCACAUUUCAUAACAAAACAAGAUACCACGUUAUGACACGACGCCAUUUAUUAAGAAUUUUAUAAUUGUUACUAAUAGUUGAUGAAUAAUUUACUAAUUAUUUAAUCAACAGUUAUAAGCCAUUAAAAUGAACACCUUCAGGAUGCCAGGUUGUGAAAAAAUUCUACGUUAUUAUACAUCUUUAUAACAUCUUUCAAUCUCUAAUUAUUUCCUUAGACCUUACCAAUAGAUUAUUUUCCCUUUUUUUUUUUACCACUUCUCUUCUGGAGAAGGGCUGCAGGACAUCUGGACUAAAACCCACUUAUUAACUGCUUAAUACACCACUACAACUCUAGUUUAACCAUGACCAAACUCCUUAAACAGAUGAACAGAAGGAACAAUACAGUUAAAUGUGAAAUGUUAAUGGUAAGAGCAGUUUUAUUAUAUUUUUUAAGUUGAGAAGUUCCCAUUCUGUUGUGUGACCCCCUGUGAAAUAAAACAUUUUUUGUAAUAAAA